GCCGGCAGUGCAUAUGAGUCGACGUGUACUGCAAUUGCUUUGAAUUGUGUUUACAAUUAAUACUCAUUUGAAUUGCGAUUACAAACCGAUUCACGAAAUGAGUGCAAAACACGUGACUAUUGUCUCGGCGUUAGUCACCGUUGCGGUGAUAAUAGUGUUGGCCAUGGAUUGGGCCGAAGCGGUGGCUAAAAAGAAAGAGCAAACACUGGGAGAACGGGUCCAACAGCUGACAGACCUGUCGCUGAAGAGGCCAACCAUA